UUUCGACAAGCAAGCUUUCCAUAUCAAAUACUCACCUACACUAGGCACCUAUCUGGGCAGGCAAGUUGUCGUAGGUCCUAUGCCAACCUAACCAUUCGCCAAAUCGACUCGAACCAGCGACGGGUUUCCUUUCGCUACCCCUAGUCGGCGCCGUCAAGAUGCUUCGCAGCACAGCUACACGCGCUGCGAGAGCGGCAGCAACCGAUCUCUCGCAACUUCCCAAGGCCGGCGAGAAACUCCAUGGUUUCACGCUUCUCCGGACGAAGCAUGUCCCGGAACUCGAGUUGACGGCACUGCACUUGCGGCACGACAAGACAGGCGCCGAACACCUACAUAUCGCCCGUGAUGACAGCAACAAUGUUUUCUCCAUCGGGUUCAAGACCAACCCCCCAGACGAUACCGGCAUCCCGCACAUCCUGGAGCAUACUACGCUCUGUGGAAGUGAGAAGUACCCAAUCCGGGAUCCCUUCUUCAAGAUGCUGCCGCGUACCCUGUCCAACUUCAUGAACGCCUUUACCGCCUCGGACCAUACCUUUUACCCCUUCGCCACCACCAACGCCCGGGAUUUCAAAAACUUGAUGUCCGUAUACCUCGACGCGACUCUCAAACCUUUGUUGAAGGAAUCCGAUUUCACCCAGGAGGGAUGGCGAAUCGGGCCCGAGAACCCCCAGGCCCUUGCCGCUGGCGGCGAAGUCAAGCCGGAGGACCGGAAGCUCGUCUUCAAGGGCGUCGUGUACAACGAGAUGAAGGGCCAGAUGUCGGACGCGGGCUAUCUCUAUUAUAUCAGAUUCCAAGACCACAUCUUCCCAGACAUCAACAACUCGGGUGGCGACCCACAGAAGAUUACCGACCUAACCUACGAGCAGCUUAAGCAGUUCCAUGCUGAGCACUAUCACCCGAGCAACGCCAAGGUUUUCACAUAUGGCGACAUGCCGCUGGCAGACCACUUGAGGGAGAUUGACGCCCAACUUGGCGCCUUCGAGCGGAUCAAGGGUGAUAUGGCGAUCCACCGCCCUAUUGAUCUCAGCGGCGGGCCCCAGGAGGUGCGGCUGCAGGGCCCCAUCGACCCUCUGGUCGACCUGAACAAGCAGGUCAAGACAUCCGUGUCUUGGGUGCUGGGCGACACUUCCAACGUUGUCGAGUCGUUCUCCCUGGCGUUGAUAUCUGCCCUGCUGACGGACGGCUACGGUUCACCUUUGUAUAAGGGCCUCAUCGAGACCGGCCUUGGCACCGACUGGAGUCCUAAUUCGGGUUACGACAGCUCGGGCAAGGUUGGCAUAUACUCAAUUGGCUUGACGGGCGUGGCGGAGGCGGAUGUAUCAAAGCUGAAGCCCGCUGUGCAAGACAUCCUUCGCAGCGUGCGGGACAAGGGCUUUGAUCGAUCCAAAAUUGACGGCUACCUGCAUCAGCUCGAGCUGGGCCUCAAGCACAAGACGGCCAACUUUGGCAUGUCUUUGCUGCACCGGUUAAAGCCGAAAUGGUUCACGGGGGUCGAUCCGUUCGACUCGCUUGCCUGGAACGACACGCUUGCUGCGUUUGAGACCGAGUAUGCCAAGGCGGGCUACCUCGAAGGCUUGAUGGAAAAGUACCUAAUGAACGACAACACAUUAACGUUCACUAUGUCUCCAUCUGCCGAGUUCGUGCAGGAACUUGCCAAAGAGGAGGAAACCCGGCUCAAGACCAAGAUUUCCAAGGCUGUCGAGGCCGCAGGUGGCGAGGACCAAGCUCAGGCCGCUCUCGAAACACGGGAAUUGGCGCUCUUGACUGAGCAAGGCAAAUCCAACACCGAAGACCUAAGCUGCCUACCAAGUGUUCACGUCCAGGACAUUCCGCGCCAGAAAGAGCCGGUGGUUCUGCGAAACGAGACCGUGGGCGAGGUUAAGCUCCAGUUGCACGAGGCACCAACCAAUGGCCUGACGUACUUCCGGGCGAUCAACACACUAGAGAACCUGCCCGAUGAAUUGCGCUCUCUCAUCCCGCUCUUUACCGAUGCCAUUAUGCGCCUCGGCACGAAGGACAUGACCACGGAGCAGCUGGAGGAUCUCAUCAAGCUCAAGACUGGCGGCGUGUCCGUCGGCUACCACUCGGCAUCGCGGCCGACAGAUUAUGCGCAAGCAAAGGAGGGUCUUGUGUUCUCCGGGAUGGCCCUGGAUCGCAAUGUCCCAGUCAUGUUCGACCUCCUGCGCAAAGUGAUCGUCGACACAAAUUUCGAUAGCCCAGAGGCCGCCCAGCAGAUACGGCAGCUUCUACAGGCCGCCUCUGAUGGCGUUGUCAACGACAUUGCCUCAUCAGGCCAUUCUUUUGCUCGAAGAGCCGCGGAAGCCGGUCUGACGUGGGAUGCAUUUGUCAGGGAGCAAGUCAGCGGUUUGUCGCAAAUAAAGCUUGUGACAAGCCUAGCAAACCGGCCGGAGUCUGACAAGCUCGAAGAUGUCAUCGGAAAGCUGAAGCUGAUUCAGCAGUUUGCCUUUGCGGGCACCAUGCGGGCUGCCAUCACAUGCGAUAGCGAGAGCGCCGCCAACAACACCGGCGCUCUUUCGAGCUUCUUGGGCUCACUCCCGUCCCACACUGUCAACUUCCCAGCGCGCCAAAACCGGGACUUUGCAAAGAACAUCAAGUCGUUCUAUCCCCUACCAUACCAGGUCUAUUAUGGCGCGCUUGCCUUGCCAACCGUUUCUUAUACGUCGCCUGACAAUGCCCCUCUCCAGAUCCUGUCCUCUCUCCUGACCCACAAGCACCUGCAUCACGAGAUCCGUGAGAAGGGCGGGGCCUACGGUGGCGGCGCAUACUCGAGGGCGAUCGACGGCAUCUUUGGCUUCUACUCGUACCGCGACCCGAAUCCGCUCAACACCAUCAAGAUCAUGCGGAACGCCGGCCAGUGGGCUGUAGACAAGAAGUGGUCGGACCGCGAUCUCGAAGACGCUAAGAUCUCCGUCUUCCAAGGUGUCGAUGCCCCCCGAGCGGUCAACGAAGAGGGCAUGAGUAACUUCGUUUACGGCAUCACCGAAGAGAUGAAGCAAGCCCGCCGCGAGCAACUCCUCGAUGUCACCAAGGACCAGGUCCGUGACGUCGCUCAGAAGUACAUUGUGAACGCAUUGAGCAAAGAGUCCGAACGCCUCGUGUUCUUGGGCGAGAAACGCGACUUUGUCGACAAGUCCUGGACCGUCAAUGAGAUGGACAUCAACGGGUCUGCCUAGAAGUGGGCCUCGGACAACGACUGCCCUGACAGCCAGUCGCCAUGUAUUCUUAAUAUGUAUAACAUCUACCGAUGAUACCCUUCUCUAACGUCGCAAGCUCACCCCCUCGUUCAAAUCGCACUGCACCAGCGCUGCC